AUGGAGUUUGAAGACAAGGAGGAGUGCGUUGCUGCUAUGCAACAUUGGCAUAUCACCAAUAAUCUUGAUUAUUGGGUAUACAAAUCUGAUACGAAGAGAUAUGUCAUCAAAUGCAAAAAUCCAACUUGCAAAUUCAAAUGUAGAGCAUCAGUUCGCAAGAAGAAUUCUAAGUGGAUGAUAGGUAAGUUGAGUGGACCACAUGUCUGCACAACCACUUCAAUGUCGCAAGAUCAUAGACAACUUACAUCAGAUAUUGUCUCUCACUGCAUCAGAGAUUUGGUUAACACCGACCCCUCAAUUAAGGUAAAGCUCAUAAUUUCUCAUAUAACAGGAAAGUAUGGUUAUAAUAUAUCUUACAGGAAAGCGUGGAUUGCAAAGGUAAAGGCCAUAGAAUCCUUGUAUGGAAACUGGGAGACAUCUUACAAUGACCUUCCACGAUGGUUAUUGGUAAUGAAAACAUAUCUGCCUGGAAUGAUGAUAGACUUGGAAACUUUACCUGCAUUUUCAAACGAAGGAAGUCAGUUGGGUGAUAAGAUGAUAUUCCAUCGUCUAUUUUGGGCUUUUCAACCUUGCAUCCAUGGUUUUGCCUAUUGCAAGCCAAUUGUUCAAGUCGACGGAACAUGGUUGUAUGGAAGGUACAAAGGGACAUUGUUGAUGGCUGUGGCGCAGGAUGGGAAUGGUAACAUUUUUCCAAUUGCUUUCGCUAUUGUCGAGGGUGAAACCAAGGAUGCUUGGAGUUUUUUCCUUCGUAAUCUAAGAAUCCAUGUGACACCCCAACCCAAUCUAUGCCUAAUAUCAGACAGACAUCCAUCGAUUAAAAGUGCCUAUGAUGAUCCUGCAAAUGGAUGGCAAAAUCCUCCGUCAUCACAUGUCUAUUGCAUAAGGCAUAUCGCGCAAAAUUUUAUGCGUGCGAUUAGAGACAAAGAACUACGUAAAAAACUCGUCAACAUGGGAUAUGCAUUGACGGAGUCAACGUACAAUUACUAUAGAACCGAAAUUCGUCAGACAAAUAGAGAUGCUAUGGAGUGGAUUGAAAAUAUCCCCAGGGAGAAGUGGGCAAGGGCGUUUGAUAGAGGGCAACGAUGGGGACACAUGACGACUAACCUUGCAGAAGCAAUGAACUCUGUGCUAAAGGCUACCAGAAAUCUUCCAAUAGCGUCUUUGUUUUCGGCCACAUAUUUUCGGAUGGGAGCAUUAUUUGGUCAACGCGGACAUGAAUGGACAAAGAGGUUGACAUCAGGCCAAACUUUUACAGACAAGUGUAUCAAGGGGAUGACUGAAGAAGUCAACAAAGCAAGCAGUCAUAAUGUUUACCAGUUUGACCGGGAGAGGUUCUAUUUUAUGGUGGCCGAAAGAAUAAACCGCAACGAUGGUCGUCCAACUGGUACUUACGGUGUUGAUCUGCGAAAGCGAACAUGUGAUUGUGGAAAAUUUCAAGCGUUCCAUUUGCCUUGCUCACAUGUGAUUGCAGCAUGUGAAAGUAUACGCCAAGACUACACCAUUCACAUACCCGACGUGUUCAAGAUACAGCAUGUUUUUAAAGUCUACCAACAAAGCUUCCAGAUCCUCCCACAUCAAGACAAUUGGCCUCAAUAUAGAGGGCCUACUCUUUGUCAUGACGAAACUAUGCGUAGGAAAAAAAGAGGCCGCCCUAACAGUACUCGGAUUCGAACCGAAAUGGACGACGUGGAAAAGGAAAAGAGAAUGUGUGGGAUAUGCCGUGAAGUAGGCCAUAUCCGAAGUAAAUGUCCAAAUGUAUCAGGCCCGUCCAAUAGGCCUCCUUAA